CUCUAGUUUCGAUCCCACCCCUCCCUUUGCCAGAUUUGUUUGCCAAACGGGAAACAUGAUGGGAACCGCGGUCAAGUACGUCGCAGCCCUCAACGUCGAUACGAAGCUGGUCAAGUUUUUCGUUUACGCAGUGUUCCGGGAAUCAUCGCGCGUUGAAGUCGUCGGGUCGGCAUACGAUCAUAUUGAAUUCGUCUACCCAGCGAUAGGACGUUUGGAAAUAGAUCCCGCGAAGCUAUGGAGUUGUGUAAUCACCACGAUCAAGACCGCGUUCGAAGAGGCCAACCUAACCGCUGACCAAAUCGCUUUCCUCGCGAUUUCCUGCCACCAGGGUUCGUUCACAUGUUGGAAUCGUUCGAAUGGAAUGGUGUACCACAACUUUAUCACCGCCCAAGAUCUUCGUGCCGAUCAGAUGACCAAGGACUGCAACGAGAACUUUAUGUUCAAGGCGUUCAAGAGCAGUGCCAGCUUCCUGCACUGUUUCACCCGAAGUCAACGGUAUCUGAACCAGAGCCUGUACGAGGUGACCAACGAACAUGUGACCAUGCGUCUCGCGUGGAUGCUGGAAAACAGUCCCGGAAUCAAGCAAGAUCUGCCCUUUGGUAACGUACUGUUUGGAGGAAUCGACGCGUGGUUGCUGUACCGCUUCCGGCAGGGCAUCGAUCCGAACAAGAAGGUCGAACACAUCAGCGAUGUGACGAGCUGCGUAGCGACAGGAUUCUACGAUCCUUUCACGCAAGACUGGGCAGAUUGGGCCGCAAUGCUGUACCCGAUUGAGCGCCAAAUUCUUCCAAAAGUGGUAGACAACUCGUUUCAUUACGGCUUCGUGGACAAGUCUAUAUUUGGCAGUACAAUCAGAAUUGGAACUUCGAUUGCAAAUUCUUCAGCUGCCCUCUGGGGAACCUGCUGUUUCGAGAAAUCCGAACUAUACAUCAAAAUGGACACGGCUGCCGUACUCAACAUCGUCACCAAAGCCUCCUGUCUAGCAUCCACCAACGGAAUGACCCCAAUGAUCGCCCACAAAACGGUCCACCCAAUCUCAGACCACGAAGAGGUAGCCUACGUGCUGCAGAAGAUCUGCACCGAUUGCACGACGGUCGUUGACUGGGCGUUAAAAAUCGGUCUCUUCACCGAACCACGCGAGGGCUCCUCGAUGGCCAGUUCGGUGUCCGACUCCAACGGAGUAUUCUUCAUCCCAGCGUUCAGCGUGUUUGGCGUUCGCGACAUCACAGCCGGAUCGAGCUUCAUCGGCAUCAAGAAAUCAACCCGCAAGGAACACCUCAUCCGCGCACUGUUCGAGAGUCUCGUGUACCGAAUCGCACUCCUCUACGUGAGUGCCCUCAAGGAAAUCGAAGCCCAAAAUCUGGAAGAAUUUACCAAAAUCAAGGUGGACGGAACCGUUUCCCAAAUCGACUUCAUCUGCCAAAUGCUGGCGGACACGGCAGGUUUGCCCGUUGAACGGAGCGAUACGGCGGACGCGUCGGCGCUGGGAGCCGUGUUCGUGGCCGGUAUCAACCUGGGAUUCUUUCGGAACAAACCGGAAAUGGUAAGAGGUAUCGAUAUCAAUCACAAGUGGGACCGUAAGGUUCGCCGUACCAAGCCAAAAUCGCUGGACGUGUACCUGCGGUUGCUGGUUAAGCUGUACCGCUUCCUGUACCGCCGGACGCACAAGAAGUUCAACAAGAUUGUUCUGCGUCGUCUGUUUAUGAGCAGAACCAACCAACCCCCGAUUGCGCUGUCGCGAGUGUCGAAGCUGUUGAAGCUGCGCGGCAAGGACGAGUCGACGAUCGCCGUCGUGGUCGGAACCGUGACCAACGAUGACCGUCAGCUGUACGUGCCGAAGAUGAACGUGUGCGCGCUGCGUGUCACGGACAAGGCCCGCGAGCGCAUCCUGAAGUGGGGCGGUAAGAUCUACACCUUCGAUCAGCUGGCCCUGCUGGCGCCGACCGGAAAGAACACCGUGCUGAUGCAGGGAGCCCGCACGGCCCGUGAAGCGUUCACUCACUUUGGACGCGCCCCUGGCGUGCCCCACUCCAACACCCGGCCGUACGUCCAGUCCAAGGGACGUAAGUACGAGAAGGCUCGUGGUCGUCGCAGCAGCUGCGGUUUCAAGAAUUAAGCGGAGAAAGUGCGGAAGUUCGGAACAAAAACACCCGGAAGGAAAAAUACGAUCGGUUCCUUUCAUUAUUCUCCUUGUGUAAUUAAGUGAAAUACAAAAGGCAAAAAAUUCCACCACAAAAAA